AUGGCUAUGAAAUUAAGUUUCUUGGCAAUGCUUUUGUGCUUAUUGUUAGCAUCUACACCUAAAGCUCAUGCUAGUGUGUUUGACGUGACGAGUGCAACAUACGGUGCAAAGCCUGGCUCUGAUGUCAGUACGGCCUUGGCCAAGGCUUGGAGUGAUGCAUGUGCAUCGCCAUCUGCGAGUAAAGUUGUUGUUCCGAGCGGGACAUACAAGUUAAAAGAAGCAAAUUUCAGAGGCCCCUGUAAGGCUCCUAUUGAGAUGCAAGUUCAAGGCACAUUGCAGGCUCCAGCAGACGCUGGCCAACUCACAAGAACGGAUACUUGGGUUGGUUUUCAGUACAUUGACAUGCUCACCUUAUCAGGUGGUGGGACUUUUGAUGGCCAAGGAGCACUUUCUUGGAAUCAAAAUGACUGCCACAAAAACAAAAAUUGCAAACCUAUUCCCGUUAAUCUGCGGUUCGAAUUCCUCACAAAUUCCAAAGUUCAGGACAUAACUUCACUUAACAGCAAAUUUUUCCACAUGCAUGUUUUCCGAUGCAACCAUACUACAUUUCAACAGCUUACCAUCACAGCACCUGACGACAGUAGAAACACAGAUGGAAUCCAUAUCGGGGCUUCGACUGGCCAUGGAAUAAGCAUUGGAAGCCUUGGAAAAUAUAAGGACGAAAAGGAUGUGACCGGGAUCAUAGUUAAGAACUGCACCUUGACUAAUACGGACAACGGUGUGAGAAUCAAAACAUUUCCAGAUUCUCCUUCGCCUAGCACUGCCUCGGGUAUACACUAUGAGGAUAUUAUCAUGGUUAAUGUCAGUAACCCUAUCCUCGUAGACCAAUUGUACUGCCCAUAUACUCAGUGUGAACAAAAGCCUCCGUCAAAAGUUAAGAUAAGCAAUGUCAGCUUCAAGAACAUUAAGGGCUCAUCUUUCACUCCACUUGCAGUCAAGCUUGUAUGUACCACGGGCAUACCGUGUGAGAAUGUGGAGUUGACUGACAUUGAUCUCACCUACGGUGGAGACAAAGGCCCUCUUACCUCUAUGUGUUCUAAUGUCAAGCCCACAAUUACUGGCGUGACAAAGGCUCUUGGUUGUGCUACAUCGUCCUUGGCACCUCUUCCUUUAUCCAAGAAGUAG